AUGGCCACCCCCAAUGUUCUUACUUUUGACGCUGAGGGGAGGGCCAUUGACUUUGCCGUCUGGAUUGAAGACCUGCAGCUGUACUUACUGUGUGAUGCGAUAGAUGAGGUCUCUCUUUUUGACUUUGUCUCUGGCGCUGUUCCUGCCCCACCUGCUGAUGCUGACUCUGCCGUUCGCUCCAAGUGGGCGACCCGCGAUGCUGCUGCACGUCUUGCUGUGCGUCGCCACCUCCCUUCCUCUGAGCGUGCCCACUUUAGUCAGUGCAAGACCGCUCAGGCCUUGUACGACGCUGUAGUUGCACGCUACUCCUCCCCUUCCUCCGCUACCCUUAGCCGCCUCAUGCUACCGUUUCUCUUCCCUGACCUCGCUUCCUUUCCCACUGUCGCUGACCUCGUUACCCACCUCCGUGCUAGUGACACCCGCUACCGCGCUGCCCUUCCUGCUGAGUUCCGCGCUGCGAACCCUCCUCCCAUGUACAUCACCCUCUACUUUCUCGUCACCCGUCUCCCUGAGUCCCUUCGUGUCGUUAGGGACCAGUUUCUCUCUGUCUGUCCCACCACUCUCACUGUCGACCUCCUUGAGGAGUCCCUGCUAGCGGCUGAGAAGAGUAUUGUCGCUGUAGGGGCCUCUCGGGGUGACCCUCGCACCCCCAUCUUUGAGGGGUGUGGUCCUUCCCCCCUGCUGCCCUCUGUCGCCUCUGCCGCUGCGGCCGACCUCACUGGUUUUGAGUCGGUCGGCGCGGCGUCUGCCCCCAGCGGCAGACGCCGCUCUGGCAAGAGCAAGGGGGGCAAGGGAGCGGGUGGAGCUCGAGGGGGCGGUGGAGGAGGCGGUGGGGGUGGCGGGGGGAGUGGGGGUGGCGGUGGGGGUGGUGGCGGGAGUGGAGGUACUGGUGGCGGCGGUGGAGGCGGAGGUGGCGGCGGAGGUGGUAGCGGAGGAGGCGGUGGGAGCGGUGGGAGCGACGGUCCUGGUGGGGGAGGUGGCGGUGGAGACGGGGGUGGCGGUGGAGGCGGGGGUGGCGGUGGAGGCGGGGGUCGGAGUGGCUCUUCCCAGCGGAGCAGCUCUGGGGGUGGUCAGCGCCAGCAGCAGCAGCAGCAACAGCAGCAGCCGCAGCAGCAGCCACAGCAGCAGCAGCGCUCUCGCACCGUCCCCGGCCCUCAGCAGCUCCGUGAGUGGUACUUGCAGCGUCAGCGUGGUGGGCUGGUGUAG